GAGGACGGUGACUGCGACGGCAGCGGCAGCUCGAGGCCUGAGGGGAGGAGACCCGCAGCGGCGAUGCUGGAGACCCUGCGCGAGCGGCUACUGAGCGUGCAGCAGGAUUUCACCUCCGGGCUGAAGACUUUAAGUGACAGGUCAAGAGAAGCAACAGUAAAAAGCAAACCCAGGACUGUUUCAUAUUUGCCAAAGUACUCUGCUGGACUAGAAUUACUUAGCAGGUAUGAAGAUACAUGGGCUGCACUUCACAGAAGAGCCAAGGAAUGUGCAAGUGCUGGAGAGCUUGUGGAUAGCGAGGUGGUUAUGCUGUCCGCACACUGGGAGAAAAAGAAGACGAGCCUAAUAGAGUUGCAGGAGCAGCUCCAGCAGCUUCCAGGUCUAAUAGCAGAUUUAGAAUCUGUGACAGCAAAUCUGACUCAUUUAGAGGCUAGUUUUGAGGAGGUAGAAAACCACCUGCUGCAUCUGGAAGAUUUAUGUGAGCAGUGUGAAUUAGAAAGACACAAACAUAUGCAGUCCCAGCAAUUGGAGAAUUACAAGAAAAAUAAGAGGAAGGAACUUGAAAUCUUCAAAGCUGAACUAGAUGCAGAGCACGCCCAGAAGGUCCUGGAAAUGGAGCACACCCAGCAGAUGAAGCUGAAGGAGCGGCAGAAGUUCUUUGAGGAGGCCUUCCAGCAGGAUAUGGAGCAGUACCUUUCCACGGGCUACCUGCAGAUUGCGGAGAGGCGAGAGCCCAUUGGCAGCAUGUCGUCCAUGGAAGUGAAUGUGGACAUGUUGGAGCAGAUGGAUCUGAUGGACAUAUCUGACCAGGAGGCCCUGGAUGUCUUCUUGAACUCAGGUGGAGAAGAUAACACUGUACUGUCCCCUGUGUUAGGGCCUGAGCCCAAAACUUGUCAGGGUGAAAUUGCUCUUCAGGUUCCACUUCCAUCAGAACUACUCGCCAAGCCUUCCUCACGCUCAUCCUCAUCCUCCACCAACUCCGCAGCCCAGGACUGCAGUGAAGCGGGGGAGUCCCCCCUUGUUCAGUCUGACGAGGAGGAAGUUCAGGUGGACACUGCCCUAGCCACUUUACACCCUGACAGAAAAGCCACCCUGGAUGUUAGUGAUGACAGCGACUCUUAAAUCAGGAUGUUUGUGUCCUCUGACCACAUUCAAGUGAGUGCGCACAGAAUUCCACCUUUGAAAUCAGGUUGUUUGAUGGGGGGUUUUGAUUUUUACAUAAUCGCCAAUGUGUGAGAAACUGAAAGGAACGCUAACAAUAAAGUUUGAGGACUUCAAACAGA